AUGAAAUUAUUAAUUAUUAUUAGUAUUCUUUUUGGAGUAUUUGUUAAUUAUUCUAUACAAUUGAAUGUUCCAACAAAAACUUCUAUAACAUCAGAAUGUAGUAAUUGUCUUAUUUUAACAAAAAUUUUAUUUUUAAAGAAUGAUAUUAAAUUACCAAUAAAAAAAGAUUUUUGUACAUCAACAAAUAUUUGCCCAAAUAUUAGUAUUAACGAUUGCCAAAUUGUAGAAGCUCUUAAGAAUAAUAAUGAUAUUGUAAAUGUUAAAAUAAGAUCAAAAAAAGUACUUGAAGAAUAUUUAGAUACUAGUAUAGAAUUAUGUAAAGAAAACCCUAAUAUUAAUAUUUUUAAAUUCAAUAAAUUUGACACAUCAAAUACAACAACACCAUCAUAUGGAUUAUGUGUUAAAUGUGAAUUAUUAUCAACAGUUCUUAAAAUAUUUAAUGAUGCAUUAUUUGGUGGACCAAUUGAAAAUGCCAUAAGAAAUGCCUUUUACAAAGUUUGUACUCAAUUAGGAGCUUUUAUUGAAUCAUUUUGUGAAUUUCUUUUUAGUGAUAAUGGUGUUGAUGUAUUAUUCCAAGCAUUAAGAGAUUCACUUGGAUCUUUUUAUCAAAUUAUUGGUGUACAAGAUAUGGGAUGUCCAAAGUUUAAUGAUCUAGAAUCAACAUGCUUUUCACCAUUAUGA